AUGGCUCUUUAUGCUGCUAGUUUCAUACAAAUGCCACUUCUGCGAACAACCUAUUAUAAAUCUUCUCCUACAAAAUCCAUGACUAUUAUCAUAACAUGUGGUAACCAUAAAUAUAAAGCUAAACGAGUUGAUAGAAGCAGAAAUGGAGGGUAUGGACCUGGCCCACAGACAACCAGUAUUAAACUCCAAAGCACAACAACGACAAGAAAUCUUCAACUUGACAACAUUUAUGCCACUAAUACCUUGAGUACUGUCAAUGAUGAAGAUGAUCACAACACAAAUCCUAAAAGGAUCACCAACAUAGAUAAUCAUUAUGAAAUAUGA